AUGAAUUCACUAUUUCAAAGUUGUAUUUUGAGAAAACUUUCAAGAAAACUCUUUAGGCAAAAAAUUCCACUGGUUCGACCUAUAUUUACGUAUUCUAUAAACAAUAAUAGCAAGAAAUUUACACCAUUUCUGCAAGCGAGGCAGUUUUUCAUAGAAAACAAUAAAGGAGUUAAAGAAGUACUAAUAUAUAAAGCAAAUACUAAAACGAUUUAUGUAAUAAAAAUAUUGCAUAUUGUAUUGCUGAUAAUAGUACCAAUUUUGCUUUGUUAUACAUAUGUCAAUAGAAAUAUACUUUCAAAUCAGAAUAUAAGAGAGUAUUUAGAGACAGCCCUAUUUGCCAUAGUUUGUAUCAUCUCAGCACGAUACAUUUUAAAGCGAUAUGUAUCUGAGAUUCAUUAUAACCCUGAAGAACAGAAGUUUAGUGCUAGAAUAAUGAAUCCUAUUCUCAAAUCAUACCAAAUAACAUUUAAUGAAAAUGAGAUAACAGUACCUAAGGACAAACUUAAUCUUGUAAUGUGCGUUACUAAAGAGAAAUCUUUAUUGCUUCUAAAUCAAUAUUUUACAAAUUCUAAGUUUAUUGCAGUAAUGACAAAAUCUGAGAAACUAAAGAAUUUUGAAGUACCGAAAUUACAAACAGAUGCCCUGAAUCAAAUCCCAAGUACUAAGAUGAAUAAUCAAGUAGAAAGAAAAAAAAUAGAUAAAAUGUAAUUCGACAUGUACAUAUUGAUUCCAAUAAAUUGAGA